GUAGCUACGCUGGCGUUUCUGGUCCGAAUCGUCGCAUGGGGGGGAUUGCGAAGGAUCCGCAGCUGAGGGAGGAGGGGGCGCUGGGGCAGCUGAGGAGCUGCCCCCUCGGCUGACCGCCUGAUUCCUCUGCCUCUCACCCACCGCUCAAAGACACCAUGUCAGGGCCUGGAAGCAAGCGGGCAGCUGGGGAUGGGGGAUCGGGCCCCCCUGAGAAGAAAGCCAACCGGGAAGAGAAGACCACCACUACCCUGAUUGAGCCCAUCCGGCUCGGGGGCAUCUCUUCUACGGAGGAGAUGGACCUCAAGGUCCUUCAGUUCAAGAACAAGAAACUAGCGGAGCGGCUGGAGCAGCGGCAGGCCUUUGAGGACGAGCUGCGUGAGCGCAUCGAGAAGCUGGAGAAGAGGCAGGCCACCGACGACGCCACCCUCUUGAUCGUCAACCGCUACUGGAAGCAGCUGGAUGAGACGGUGCAAGUGCUCCUGAGACGUUACGACGGAGACUGUGGGCCGGCUCUGGAGGAGCCCAAGCUGGAGCUUACAGGAGCAGAGCUGGAUGCUGCUCUCCUGGGCCAAGAGGCGGCCGAGAGGAGAGAGGCAGUGCUGUCCCCCAUUACUCCCCCUGCCCCCUGGAAGGCUGGGGGCCUGGUCCUGAACGAGACGGCCCUUUCCUUCCUGGCCACCUUGGCCAGCAGUAGCAGCGAAGAGAUCGAACUGCAGCUUCAAGAGCGCAUGGAGUUCUCCAAGGCCGCCGUCUCCCGCAUCGUGGAAGUGUCCGACAAGAUCCACCGGCGCACGGAGGAACUCUGCCAGAAGAUCUAUGUCCGGGUGGAGUUUGAUCAACUGGAAGAAGCCGUGAAGAUUCUCACCAAGGAGCUGACAAGAGAGAACCGGCACCUGCAGGAUUUAACCACCCAGCUCCAGGAGAAGCACCAUAAGUUCUCCUUGGAGUACACAGAGCUGCAGGACAAGGUCACCUCGUCGGAGACCAAAGUGCUGGAGAUGGAGACCACCAUCGAGGACCUGCAGUGGGACAGCGAGAAGCUGCAAAAGCGGGAGCAGAAGCUAAACAAGCACCUGGCUGAGGCGCUGGAGCAGCUGAACUCCGGUUACUACGCAUCGGGCAGUUCUGGCGGGUUCCAGGGCGGGCAGAUCACGCUUAGCAUGCAGAAGUUUGAGAUGCUGAACGCGGAGCUGGAGGAGAACCAAGAACUUGCCAACAGCCGCAUGGCGGAGCUGGAGAAACUGCAGCACGAAAUGCAGCAGGCGGUUCGGACCAACGAGAAGCUCAAGGUGGCGCUGCGGAGCUUGCCCGAGGAGGCCGUGAAGGAGACCCUGGAGUUCAAAGUGCUGCAGUCCCAGUUCUCGCUGCUGUACAACGAGAGCCUGCAGGUGAAGACGCAGCUGGACGAGGCCCGGGCCCUCCUGCUCACCACCAAGAACAGCCACCUGCGCCACAUUGAGCACAUGGAGAGCGACGAGCUGAACCUGCAGAAGAAGUUGCGGACAGAGGUGAUCCAGCUGGAGGACACGCUGGCGCAGGUGCGCAAGGAGUACGAAAUGCUGCGCAUCGAGUUUGAGCAGAACCUGGCCGCCAACGAGCAAGCUGGCCCCAUCAACCGGGAGAUGCGCCACCUGAUCAGCAGCCUGCAGAACCACAACCACCAGCUGAAGGGCGACGUGCAGCGGUACAAGCGGAAGCUCCGGGAGGUGCAGGCGGAGAUCAACAAGGUUCGGAUGCAGCAGAGCGGCUUUUCCUCCAGCCAGGCGGCCACCCCCACGACGCCGGGGAGUGAAGACCCUGCCGGCCUGCUUGGGGGCCCGGGGGGAGCCACAGUGAAGGAGGAGGAGGGGGCGGCCGCCUCCGAGGUGAAGAGGGAGCCCAAGGAGGUGCAGGUGAAGAAGGAGCCCAAAGAGGAGGCGGCGACUCCCCAGCUGCUUGAGGGGGUGAAGAAGGAGGAAGAGGAGCUGCCGGCCCCCCAGCCCCCCACGCCCCAGCCGCCUCCGCCGCCCCGAGCCAAGGAGCCCGAGCGCUCCAAGGGGCGGGGGGGAGAGCGGGGCGGGGACCGCGAGAGGUCCCGGGACCGGGACAAAGAGACCUGCUCGUCCUCCUCUUCGGCCUCCUCCUCUUCCUCCUCGCGGGAUCGGGAGAAACAGAAGGGCGGCGGCGGCGAGGAUGUCAAGAAGAAAGAUUCAGAUCUGCUCAAACAGCUACGAGCCGAGCUCAAAAAGGCACAGGAGAGCCAGAAGGAGAUGAAACUUCUCCUAGACAUGUACAAGUCGGCGCCCAAGGAGCAGCGGGAUAAAGUGCAACUCAUGGCAGCGGAGAAGAAAACCAAGGCAGAGGUGGAGGAGCUGCGGGUGAGGAUCCGCGAGCUGGAGGAGAAGGAGAAGAAAGAGAGCAAGAAAAUGGCCGACGAGGACGCUUUGCGCAAGAUCAAGUUGGCUGAGGAGCAAAUUGAGCAUCUGCAGAAAAAGCUGGCUGCGACCAAGCAGGAGGAGGAGGCUCUGUUGUCGGAAAUGGAUGUCACAGGCCAGGCCUUCGAGGACAUGCAAGAGCAGAACAUGCGGCUGAACCACCAGCUGCGCGAAAAGGACGACGCCAACUUCAAGCUGAUGUCGGAGCGCAUCAAGUCCAACCAGAUCCACAAGCUGCUGCGGGAGGAGAAGGACGAACUGGCCGAGCAGGUGUUGGCCCUCAAGUCCCAGGUGGACACCCAGCUGUUGGUGGUGCAGAAGCUGGAGGAGAAGGAACGUGUCCUGCAGGGGAAUCUCGGCACGGUGGAGAAGGAGCUGACGUUGCGCAGCCAGGCCCUGGAGCUCAACAAGAGGAAGGCAGUAGAGGCUGCCCAGUUAGCGGAAGACCUGAAGGUGCAGCUGGAGCACGUGCAGUGUAAGCUGAAGGAAAUCCAGACCUGCAUGGCUGAGAACCGGGCAGCCAAGGAGAAGGAGUCUUUCAACCUCAAAAGAGCUCAGGAGGACAUCUCCCGCCUGCGGCGCAAGCUGGAGAAGCAGCGCAAGGUGGAGGUGUACGCGGACGCCGACGAGAUCCUGCAGGAGGAGAUCAAGGAGUACAAGGCCAAGCUGACCUGCCCCUGCUGCAACACCCGCAAGAAGGACGCCGUCCUCACCAAAUGCUUCCACGUCUUCUGCUUCGAAUGUGUCAAGACGCGCUACGACACCCGCCAGCGGAAGUGCCCCAAGUGCAACGCGGCCUUCGGCGCCAACGACUUCCACCGCAUCUACAUCAGCUGAGCGCCCGGCCGGAGGGCUCUGCCUUCACAGAGGCUGCCUGGGCCACUUGUAGAGACCUGCCUCGGGUCCGGCUGAGACCCCGCCCCGCCCCAUGUUCUUUGGCUGUGGAUCCCUUCUCCCCCCCGCCCACUUCCGAGGCUUCCUUUUCAUUGGAUUUCUCUCUCUUGGUUUACUUUCUCUUCUCUCCCCCUGCCCUUACAUUGCUGGGUCUGCUCACUGGCUUCCCUCUGGGUUAUCACUGGAUCCUCUCCCUGUCUCCCGAAGAAUUGACUCAGCUGCUCUUCUCUCCAGCCUUUCCCAAGUGGGCCCUCCAGAUUGCCUUUGGGUCCCCCCCCCUGCCCCCUCUAGCAUUUCGAAAACGUUUACAAUACGAGCUCUCCAGUUUUGGGCUGCAGGCGGCAGUCACGCCAGUCAAAUGCCCCCCCGUCGGAGAGGGGCGUUCUUCUUAUUUUUUAAUUGUUUUGAGAGUUUUGGAAGUAAAAACCUGCUCCUGCGGAAUAUGGAUCCUUCACUGUUCCUCCGAAA